AUGGAGAAGCGCAUUGAUCUUGAGAGGCGUGGACGCUCGGCCGAUUUGAUCAAGGAAAUUUGCCUGGACAAUUGCAGAAGUCAGUCUAUUGUCGGUUUGGACGAUAGCUUUUGCAACCUCGAAGUCUUAUCGAUGAUCAACAUUGGUCUCACUUCUCUGAAGAACUUUCCCAAGCUACCCAAACUUAAGCGACUCGAAUUGAGUGACAACAGAAUUUCGAAUGGCCUUGAACACCUGGCAAAUUCUCCAGAGCUAGAGUACCUUAAUCUCUGUGGAAACCGCUUCAAGGAUCUCGACUCAUUGGAGCCAUUGAAUGUUUUUACAAAGCUGGAGAUUUUGGAUCUCUUUAACUGUGAGGUAACCGAGGUGGAGGGUUACCGUAGUCGCGUCUUUGAACUGCUUCCCAACCUCAAAUAUCUGGAUGGGUACGAUAAGAACAACAAGGAGAUUGAAGACGAAGACGAAAACGAAGAUGAGAAUGAUGACGAUGACGAUGAUGAAAACGACGCAGAAGACGAUGAUGAGAACGCUGCCGGAGUCGGCGAAGUUGAUGCUGAAGACGAUGAGGAGGAUGAGGAAGACGGGGAUGAUGGCGUCGAAGACGGCGCCGAUGAUGGCGAAGAGGACGACGAGGAGGACGAUGACGAUGGCGCCGAAGACGAAGAGGAGGAUGACGAAGAAGGAGACGAGGAGGACGAACAGGUGCCAGGCAACUUGGCAGACAUUUACAAGGAGCAAGAUGAGGAGGACGAAGAUGAGGAGGACUUUGCUCCGGGAGAGAAUGACGAUGAUGAGGAUGACGACAUU